AUUGUUGGGAUUUUCAGGGUGUGGCCACUUUUCCUUUUAUAACUCCUCUUAGAUUGUUGCUUUGCACCACUGCACCAAACAAUCUUCCACCAUGUUUCUGCUUGCAGCACUUGUUGGCUGCCUGCUCGCCCUCACAGCUGAGGCCAGAAUCGGGAACUGCUCUGAGCUCCCAUUCUACACCGAGACAAAUCAAUGUCUGCUGUUUAAGGUCAUCUGCGAGACUAACAAGUAUGAGGUGCGCCACUAUGAAGCUGCCAAGUGGGUGACAACCACAGAGGGGUCAUGGUCCAUGGACUUUGCCUGUAUGAACGCAUUUAUGCGGCUGUUUGAAUACAUCAGUGGUGAAAAUAAGAAUGGACAAAAGAUUGAAAUGACGGCUCCUGUUCUGAUAAAGAUAAAUGAAGAAAAGAAGUGGUUUUGGGAAACUAAACAAUACACAAUGAGCUUCUUGUUGCCCAAGGAGCACCAGGCCAAUCCUCCAAUGCCUACGGACAAUCAGGUGUUCAUAAGUGAUAUGCCAGCCUUGAAUGUGUACGUGCGGAGCUAUGGCGGGUGGAUGACCUCAUGGACUGACUGUCAUCACAAAGAAGCCCUGAUGUAUGACCUGACGAAGGAUGGCGCUAGCUUCAAAGGCGACUCCCAUUUGGGCGUUGGAUAUAACAGCCCCAUGACACUGUGGUGGAAUAGGCACAACGAGGUGUGGGUGAUCGCUGAGGGCAACCCAGUGUGUUCGAGCAGUGAGGAAAUGGACUGAGGCUUUAUCAUCCGACGCAUGUUGUCACUUUGAGACACCCAGCAGCAUAUAUGAGUGAUUGGGUUCUGCAUUUGAAAUUAUGAAAAAAUAAAAAAAUAAAAAAAUCGUUUUAAAAAAAAUCAAUAAAUGUUAUACUGUAUCAAUAAAGCUACUCAUUUUAAGUUGAUUCUCAUCAUUGUGAAAUGCACACCAAAUCUAAUGAGAUUAGCUAAUUAAGGAAUGUAAUGCUCACGUUUCCACAGACAUUGUUUAUAAUUAUGUUUUAUUAUUGUGAUGUAGAGCGGUGUAGAUAAACAUAUGUCAAGUCAAAUCAAGUCAACAGUAUUUAUAGAGCACUUUCAAACAGCCAUCGCUGCAUACAAAGUGCUGUACAUGGAGCGAUUUAACUAUGUGUAUGUGAAUAGCGAUUGAUAAAUACAAAAUUAUAAUUGUAAAAUAUGAA